UGACACUUAUACACGUCUUAGAUUUUCCUCCAUAAGAUUUUAAGAGAAUUCAUAUUUGUUGGAGAAGGAAACGAUACACGUUAUUUAUUUUAGUUGAGUGCAUUAGGAUGGAGUUGAUGCUUAGUAAAUUGAGGUCGAGUGUAAGUAGUGCAGCCACAAGUGCGGUGUCCAAUGCUGUUCAGAUAGCUUCACAGGUGUCAAAUUACCUUCCUGGUAACCCAGUGACAAGGGAGUUUGAGGCUACUGCACACAUAGCAUCAGCAGGACCAGGUUUACUUUGGAAAGUAUACAAAGGAUAUAAGAAAUCUACCAAACAGGAUGCAGCCAUUUUUGUGUUUGAGAAACGUCUGAUAGAGAAAUGGGACAAGCAGGAGAGAGAGAUUAUGUUGGACAAGUUAAGAAAAGGUGUAUCACAACUGACAAGAUUAAGACAUCCACAGGUUCUCACAGUCCAACAUCCUCUUGAAGAAUCAAGAGAAACCAUAGCAUUUGCCACUGAACCAGUGUUUGCAUCACUAGCCAAUGUUCUAGGACACACAGAAAACAUGCCUGUACCAUCACCACCCACGCUGAAAGAUUACAAGCUUUACGAUGUUGAGAUUAAAUAUGGUCUACUACAGGUUAAUGAAGGCCUGGCAUUCUUGCAUAAUUCUGUGAAGAUUGUUCACUGUAACAUAUGUCCAGAGAACAUUGUACUGAACCACCAGGGAGCAUGGAAGCUCUUUGGAUUUGACUUUUGUGUGGCGAAUCAAACUCCAGCUGACCAACCUCCAUUUUGGCCUUUUGAAGAAUAUGAUCCAAAAAGACAUCCAAAUUGCCAACCACAUCUUGACUACCUGGCACCUGAGUAUGCUCUGACUCAUACACUGGAUACUGCAGCUGAUCUCUUCCCUCUAGGAGUCAUCAUUCAUGCAAUUUUUAAUGAAGGCAGACCACUCUUCCAUAAUAAUAAAGAUUUUGGAACAUUUAAGAGAAACUGUUGUGAGUUGAAGAAUACAAACACACUGAAUCUCUUAUCGAUCCCAGACGGUUUAAGAGAUCAGGUUCGUCUGCUACUGCAUGCAACUCCCCAACUUCGGCCAGAUGCUCUACAGUUCUCCAAGAUAGCCUAUUUUGAAGAUGUGGGAGUUAAAACACUUAGCUACCUCGACCAAAUGUUUCAGUGGGAUAACAUGCAGAAGUCACAGUUCUAUAAGAGCUUACCACAAAUUAUUCCCCAGAUACCCCAUCGGGUGUGUCUGUUGAGAAUUGUGCCUUGCCUGAUGAAAGAGUGUAUCAACACAACUAUGGUACCUUUUGUUCUUCCUGUAAUCUUGUUUGUGGCUGAACGAGCCAGUAAGGAAGAGUUUGUGGAACACAUCCUCCCUCACCUGAAACCCAUAAUGAAGCUUUCAGAACCAGUUCAGAUAAUGUUGCAGUUGAUGCAAAAAAUGGAGCUGCUCCUCGGGAAAACACCUGCUGAGGAUGUUCGAAGUGAUGUAUUGCCAUUACUGUACCGUGCGUUGGAGUGCGACACACAGCAGAUCCAAGAGCUGUGUUUGAGUGUUAUACCAUCGUGUGCUCAGCUGGUAGAGAACCAUGCCAUGAAGAAUGCACUCCUUCCCAAGAUAAAGAAACUUUGCCUUGGAACUGGUUAUCUCUCGGUUCGAGUCAACUGCUUGGUGUGUGUGGGCAAAAUACUUGAACACCUUGAUAGAUGGUUGGUUAUGGAUGAUGUUUUUCCAUUCCUGGAACAAAUACCAUCAAGAGAAUCUCCUGUAGUUAUGGCCAUUGUUGGUGUCUUCAAGGUAGCACUGAACCACAAGAAGUUGGGCAUCACAAAAGAAAUAUUAGCAACUCGGGUUUUACCAUUUCUCUUUCCUCUCAGCAUCGAGAAUUCUCUGACACCAACACAGCAUUUAGCAAUCAUGACUCUUAUUAAGGAUAUGGCAGAGAAAGUGGAGACAGAGCAUAGAACAAAGCUAGAGCAGUUGAAUUCAAUAAAGGAUGAACAGAAAGCCCUACAGAUGUCAAUGCCCACAACUAUAGCAGGAAGCACCAACACCAGCAAUGGGUCUGUGGUCUCAGCAGUUGACGCGACUACAGAUAUGUUUUUUGGUUUGGGACUUAACCGGAACACAGGAAAAGAGUCAACAGUCAACCAAAAGUCACAGUCACUUACACUGGAGGAUAAACAGAGGAUGGUUAAGCAACAAGGAUUGCAAGAUGCAGUUCAAAAGCCGCCACCUCUCCUUCCAUCGCCUCCAGCUCCUUCCAGCAGCAUAAAGAAACCAUUAGAAAAUCAAGUUCCUCGCAGCCAUAUCUCAGCGCUGUCACCAACUUCCCAGGCAUCCCCCAACCUUGCACCAUCUUUGAUAAACUCCAACCUGAAUACGAUGAAUAGUCAGACUACUCAGACACUAAUGACAUCAAGAAAUAGCCAACAAGGAGUAUCAUCAGCAGUUGGAAAUUCAUCUUCAGGUCUAGGUAUUAUGAAUGACAUAAAUAAGAGUAGUAUGAACUAUAUAGGCCGACCAAGUAAUGUAUCAAUGUUACCUACUAGUGGGGGGGUGUCACAGUCUGUAAGUGGAAUGAUGUCUUGGCCAAGUCAAGCACCAGCUCAGAAUGCAAGAAUGCAAACACCCAAUUAUUCUGCAUUCAAUAAUUUGCUUCCCACUCAGUCAAAACCAUUGAGUUUGAGCCAAAUGACAUACAAUACCACCAUGAACACAACAGUCAACUCCAGUAUAGUACCAAACUCUACAAAUUCUUUUGGCUCCAUGAUGUCUCCCAUGCAGCCCUUGACGAAUACAUUGUUCUCAGCUGCUACAAAUACUGGAGUUAAACCACUAAGUACUUCUGACAUUAAUGAUUUGCUUAGCUGAAAACACUGUAGUGACCAUUUUCACUUCAGUACUGUAUUUAUUAAUAUUUAGAGCGUCAGUAUAUAGUUAUUUUUUAUUUCUACUGUAUGCUCUACAUAUCCUUCAUACGAUGUUCCAUAUCUGGUCAUUAUUAUCAUAACCAUCUAAGGUAACAAGUUUUAGGUACAAGAUAUAUGUUAUCUCAUGAGAGGAAUAACAGAACUGUCUGUCAUAGAGGAAAUGACUAGUCUAUUGCUCAAGGCAUCAGAGUAAAGAGCUUUAUAUACAUCAUCAUAAAAAAUGCGCGCUCUCUCUCUCUCUCUUUAUAUAUACUGUGUAUAUAUAUAUAUAUAUAUAUAUAUAUAUAUAUAUAUAUAUAUAUAUAUAUAUAUAUAUAUAUAUAUAUAUAUAUAUAUAUAUAUAUAUAUAUAUAUAUAUAUAUAUAUAUAUACUGUACUGUCAUUUAGGUUAUGUACAGAUCUGAGAGCCAUUCCUAUAUCUAGGGAAAUUAUAUUUAAAGAGGGAAAUUUGUAAUCCUUUUGUUCAUAUGUAAAAUGUAUGUAUGCUGUUUGUGUUUGAGACAAAUUGAAGAAAGAUAAUAUAUAUAUGUAUGUAUAUAUAUAUAUAUAUAUAUAUAUAUAUAUAUAUAUAUAUAUAUAUAUAUAUAUAUAUAUAUAUAUAUAUAUAUAUAUAUAUAUAUAUAUAUA